AUGUACGACGCAUAUACACCUAACGAAGUCGCUCUUCGAUUACCCGUCGAAGUCACAUGUCUCGCUUUUCAUGAAUCAAAACAGACAUUGCUGGCUGGCGGACAAGCAGGACAUCUCUAUGCGUACUCAAUUUCAGCUAACCGUCGUGGAUUUGAGCUCACUAACAUCUGUAAAACAUUCCAUAAAAAGGCUGUAAUGGAAUUAAAAGUAUGCCAACGAGAAGAUCUUCUUCUUUGUGUUUCUGAUGGACAAUUGAUGGCUCAUCGACUUUCCGAUCCGGAAUAUAAAGUGGAGACUUUGAUUCAUAAGAUUAAAAAAACUUCUGGAGACCUCUACGUCAUUGUUUCCUCGGUCAAGAGACUAUAUUUGUUCAAAUGGGGCGAGAAAGACGGUCACAAGGAAUUCAUUGAAGUGGCGCUAGAUUAUAAUCCAGAAUUCGGGGAUACUCCCACCCAUAUCAAAUGCGUCGGCGAGAUGGUCUUCUUCUCCGCUCGCAACCAAUACUACUCGAUGACGAUGCAAAAAGACAAAAUCGCCGCUCGCACCCCGCCAGACGACAAAUCUGCCACGUCACCAAUUCCAGAAGGAUGGAAUGGAUUUGUGAAAAGUCUUGUGAAUUUCAAUUGUAAACCAGGAAUUAUUCCGAUGACUGAUAGACGACGAGUGGCUUUCGUCCGAAAUGAGACAGUGGUGACGACGGAUAUUUGGGGAAAUCGACCGGUGAAUGGGUUCAGUGAUGAGUACAAAUUCAGCGAGGUUCCCAUGCAAAUUGUCUACGACUCGCCCUACCUCGUCGGAAUGCUCUCUAAAGGCCGUGUCGAAAUCCGCUCAAUCUUCGAUGGUCAACUCGUUCAAACGAUGUCUCUCCCGAAAGCAAUGACUCUUUGUAAUGGAGCACGUGGACAAGUUUUCGUCGCUGCAACAUCUGAUAUCUGGAUAAUGGACACUUCUCAAAAUCUUCGAAAAAAUGUGUCUCAUUUGAUACAAGAGAGGGAAUUCGAGUUGGCAAUUCAACUGGCAGACAACUCGAAUUUAUUCGCUGACGAACAUAAAAUUGAAAUAAAGAAAAAGGCGGCGUUGAAUCUGUUCAAUCAGAAGAAAUUCGACGAGUCAUUCGCAUUAUUCGGAGAGAUAAAAACAGAAGUUCUGACGAUUCUUCGAAUGUUUCCCGAGUUGUUGCCUGAUGGAUUUCAGAAAGUGGCUGGAACUGUGAGUGAUAUGCCAGCAAACGAUCGGAUGCGUGCACUUCUUGCUCUCGGAAAUUAUUUGUCGGAGAUUCGAACGGAACACGCGAAACAUAUCGAUUUGUAUCAUCGGUUGAGAGCAUCGGGACAAGCGAAGAAAGCGGAUACGGAGGAGAUGGAGAAGUUGUUGUUGACGUUGAGAGUCGUGGAUACCACGUUGUUGAGAUGUUAUAUUAAGACAAAACCGGCUCUCGUCGACUCACUGAUCCGUCUCCAAAGCAAUGCGUGCACUUUCGAAGAUGCCAAGAAGAUUCUGGAGACAGAAGGACGUCUUCGAUCUCUUUUCAUCCUUUACGAAUCCCGAAAGAAGCAUGAAAUGGCUCUGGAUCUCCUUAUCGAACAGUCGAGUCGCCCCGAUGCUGAUCCAUUUUUCGACGAUGCAACUCAACAAAUUGUGGAAUAUCUUCAAAGUCUCGGCAACAGUAAUCUGCCAUUGAUUUUGAAAUAUGCGAAAUGGGUUCUCGCGAAGGAUUUGGACGCGGGAGUUCAGAUAUUCACUAGUGAUGAGACGGAGAUGGCGAGGAAUCUGAAUAGAAAGACCGUCGUUGAAUUCAUGAAGACAGAGUGUCCAGAAGCAAUGAUACCGUAUCUGGAGCACGUCAUCUUUAAGUGGGAGGAGCCUUCUUCGUUCUUUCAUGAGACACUUUUAGAGUAUUAUGUGGCUAGAGUCAAUUCGUUGUUCAAGGACUAUGUUCACGCAUUUCCAGACGAUGAGAACAUCACUCGAGCUGGAGAUGAGGACGGCGAACUCGGAAUCAUUCGGAAGCGACUUCUUCGAUUCCUCGAAAUUUCUCACUCUUAUAGUCCACAAACUGUGCUUCUUCAGUUGGCUCCACACGCGUUUUUCGAGGAGAGAGCACUGAUUUUGGGACGGUUGAAGCAGCACGAUCAGGCGUUGGCUCUUUAUGUGAAUACGUUGAAGAAUAUACCGGCGGCUGAGGAUUACUGUAGACUAUACUAUAAUUCGAAUGAUGAGACGAACUCGCAGGUGUAUCUCCUCCUAUUCCGAGCCCUCGUCCACCCGAAUCAACACCAUCAUCCCAGACUCCAAGUGGACCCGGAUUCCACUCCAUUUGGAUCAUUCCGUGAUGAUGUUUCAGAAACUUCAACUCUCGCCAACUCAACGUCUUCAUAUCAACCAGAUGUCAACACGGCAAUAAAGAUUCUGGCAAAGUAUGCGGAUAAGAUUGAUACAGUCGCAGCGUUGAACAUGCUUCCCGCAAAAACUCCGUUGAGAGUCGUCUUUUCGGCUAUAAAUGCGGUCAUUCAGACGACUGGACGACAAGCGAGUACGAGAAAAAUGGAGAAAUCCGUGUCACAAUGUGCCAUGUCGAAGAAAUUGGAGAGAAAGAAUCGAGCGCAAGCGACGAAAAUCAUUGUGAACUUCUCGAGUGAAUGCGUCGUUUGUGAGAAGAAAAUCGCUGUGAGCGCCUUCGUUCGAUAUCCGGAUGGUCGAUUGGCACAUCUUUAUUGUCAUAAUGAUAGCCAGACAGGAAUUAGAACUUGA